AUGGCGGAGCAGGGCAAGGGCGACGGAGAAUGGCGGACGGUGGCAAGGAGAAGGGCGAACCCACAAUGGACAGACAAGAACUCGGUGAGACGGACAAAGCCACGAAACGGUAUCACCUUCUUCUUCAACAAUUUUCCGGAAGGAAUUUGGCAAGAAACGUUGGAGAAAAGCUUCAAUAAAAUCGGUAAGGUUACAGAUAUCUUCUUCCCUAGGAAGAGAGACAUUAAGGGCAAGCCUUUCGGGUUUGUUAGGUUCGAGGAGGGCUCCGACAAAACAAGGAUCCUGGGAGAUUUGAAUAAUACCUGGUUCGGUAGCUACAAACUUAGAGCCUACUUAACUAGGUUCGAAAGAUCUACCCCGGAGGUUGUCUCUGUGGAUGAGAAAGUUUCGGCAACUGUGGUAAUAAAUGGUUGUAAAGACAGGCCGGCACCAAAAAGGACCGCCCAAAAUUGCCUUUCAAAGAAGAGAGAAAGCGGGAAGACUUUCAGGGAGGCGCUUGGAGGAACAGGUAAAUCCACCGAUCCUCUGGCGGAUGAGGUCAUUGGCUUUCAACCGACGGAAGUUGAGACUGAAUGGCUUACACACUCUUUUACUGGAUUCGUGAAAACGGAAUACACCUGGGAGGAGUUUGGCGAAGAAAUCAAUAGUGAAUGUGCAACUCUUCUAAAGAUCUCUUCCCUGGGGGGAAAUCUGGUCUUGAUUCAAAGCACGAACAAUAGGCCGGUGAAAGAUCUUCUGACGGAGCUUAACGAAUGGACAACCUUCUGGUUCGACUGGGUGAGACCUUGGUCUUACAUCGAUGUUAACACUCAAAGAUCGGUUUGGACCAAGUGGUUUGGAGUGCCAUUGCAAGCUUGGAAUUCUAGGUUUUUCGAGAUUCUGGGGGCAAAAAUUGGGAUGGUGUUGAAGAUUCAUGACCUUACAAAAUCCAAGGAUCGAUUGGAUUUCGCGAUGAUUCAGAUUUCAACUGGUUUGGCACCGAUCAACAAAACCUUUGUGUGUAAAAUUGACGGCGCCCAGUUUAAGAUCAGGGUGGAGGAAGUGGUUGAACAGAUUCCGGCGUAA